UUUAUCUCUAUUCACUCAUUUCACUCAUUUCACUCAUUUCACUCACUUCAAGCACAUUUCUCAAUAGUCUCCCUUUCUUUCCUUACCUGCUUUGUUUUAUUGUGUUUGAUCUCACACAUAAAUAUUCAAUAUGGAUUCGCCACCACAACCAGAGCCCCAACAAGCUCAACAAGAGCAGCAGCAAGGUCAACCACAACCACAACCGGGACAAGUACAAUUUCAACUCAGAUUACCAAAUGGCCAACAACCAACCCCAGAACAAUUACAGGCAAUGCAACAGCAAAUUGCUCAUGAUGCACAGCAAGCUGGAAUGUCAAUACCCGAUUUCAUAGCAAAGAUCAGAGCCCAACAACAAGCCCAGCAACCAUCCCCAGAACAAAUGCAGGCAAUGCAAAAACAAUUGGCUCACGAUGCAGAAAAAGCCGGUAUGAGUGUACCUGAAUUUGUCGCAAAGAUUAGAGCGCAGCAACAAGCUCAACAACAAGCCCAACAACAAGCCCAGCAGCCAUCUCCAGAACAAAUUCAAGCAAUGCAAAAACAAUUGGCUCAAGAUGCAGAAAAGGCCGGUAUGACUGUACCUGAAUUUGUGGAAAAAUUAAAGGCAGAUGCAAUGGCUCAACAGCAACAACAAAGAGAAGCUGCAAUGCAACAGCAGCAGCAACAACAACCUCAACCAAUUCAACCAGGUCCUCCCAACCCAGCAGCUAUUGCUCUCGCCAACUUUUUGAUGAGCCAGGACUUGAAAACGAGAACAUGUAUCUUGAAUGGUCAAAGGAAGGAGAUGUUCAAAGGUUAGCAUUUCAAAUCACCCUUGUUGCUAUUAUGUUCUAACUUGCAAUCAUAGUAAAACGUGCCCUUCGAGCAAUUCAAUCGCCAGCCUAUGAACAAGCUCGCAAAAAGAACCCACUCCUUCCAGAAAUUAUCGAUCGCGCCUCGCUUGAAAACUGCUUCAAACUUCUCCCGCUUUCUCUCCUUGCACUGCGUGUUUCGAAAGCCGACCCUCAUGAAGGUCAUGAUCAUGCUCCUGGUGCGCAUACUAUAAAGCGGGUGAAGGGACUCUGGACUGUAAAGAUUGAACAACAACAAGAAUGUAAGGAGGAGCUUCACUUCGUAUGGCUUUACGAAGGUACACAAAUCAAACAGAAAUUAUACGCCGCUGGAGCAUUAGCAAUUGUAUUUGCAGUUGUCAUGUUUCCACUUUGGCCCGUUAAGAUGAGGUUGGGUGUGUGGUAUUUAAGUAUGGGUAUGCUUGGAUUAUUAGGAUUGUUCUUCGCAAUGGCCAUUUUCAGAUUGAUUUUGUUUGGAAUUACUAUGUUUGCUGUACCUCCCGGAUUAUGGUUAUACCCGAAUUUGUUCGAAGAUGUGGGAUUCUUUGAUAGUUUCAGACCUGUCUGGGGGUGGCAAGAGGUUCGUUUUCAAUUCCAUGAAACAAGUGAUUUUGAAGCAGGAAAAGCUAAUUCAGCAUUAAUAGGAGAAGAAGAAGAGCAAGAAGAAGUCUAAAUCAAGUGGCUCCGCCAAUGCGGGCGCUACGAUGGCAGCAAUGACAGGUCAACCAGCUCCAGCAUCGGCAACUACAACAGGAUCAGCAGCACAGAUUUCGACUGGAGGAACUACACAACGAAAUCUAGCACCAAGAGUCGAGGAGGUCUUUGAUGAAGAGUAAACGGUGUAAAUGGAUUUACUUCGUGGCAUGAGAUAUUUGAAAGUCGGUUUAGGAUUGGUUGAUGAAUCUAUGGAUGAUCGGAAAUCACUGGUGUACAAUAGUAUUUGGGGGAUAUUUGGAAGGGAAUCAUAAAUUAUUUUCUGUUGAUCACAAACUCGAGGAUUACACCUUCAUUUGUCUAGCG